AUGGCUGAUCCAUCGUUUGCUGUUUUGCAAGAAGUGCUGGAUGAGCUCUAUAGAAAGAAUGGGGGCCAAGCACCUACUGCGAAGCAGAUGGCAGCUGCCACCCUGCUUUCUGUCAAGGAAGCCCAGCUGAUCCUCGAUGAGCUGCAGGGUGAAUCAACUUGCCCUGAGCCGAAGCCGAAGAAGGCCAAGAAGGAGAAACGAGAGAAGCAACCUCAGAAAACUGAGUCCACUGCAUCUUCAGCAAAGGACUCUCCUCCCAGUCAGGCAGUUGACAAGGAGGCUGCUCUUUCUGCUGUUCCUCCUGGGGCAUUUGAGGAAGCAGAUUCAGAUGAAGAGUUGGCCUAUGGUGCUGCUGGGAACGCAGCCCAAGAUGAAGUUGGAGAGACCCAGUGCGAUGAGUCUGACGGUGCAGGGACUCCUCCCUACUCACCUUCUUUGACUUCGUCUAAGCUGAGGAGGGCGAAGUCCACCUCGACUUUGUUACGUGGACAGGCGAUGCUUCGUGGAGGCUCUGGUGUCCAGAUCGUGAACACUGAUGAGGAGCCCAAGGAGGUCUUCGACGACCGCUUGCCUGAGCCUGACAGCUGGGAUGGGCUUCGCCAUGCUCCGACGCUUCGCUUUGGGGAGACUGGUGAGGAGUUGCCAGAUGAAGAUUUGGCUCAUGAUGCAGAUGCAGAAGCAGAAUGUGAAGCAGAAGCCGUACAGCAGGCAACUGCCCGUCAUGAUGCUGAGAUGGCCAAGCAAGCGGAAGAAGUUGCCAAUGGCAAGCCCCCUCCUUUGGUUCCGGAGGUUGCGGUGCCGCCUGCCCCAGCUCCGGUGGCUGCUGAAGCUGUCGCCGUCCCUACAGAGCCCGUGGGGCCAGUGACUUCCACCACCCACCGCAAGCAGCUCAUGGCUUUGCAGCGUGUGGUGCAGGGACCGAGAGCUGGUGCCUUUCCUGAAAUCACCAAGCUCUUUGGGUCAGGCACCAAAGCUGAGCGCCUCAAGGUUUUGAAAACCUACGUGCAGAAUGGUGAAAAUUUGCAGGCUGUGGAGAGUGCCUUUCGUGCGAGCCGAACCCACAGUGAAACCAUGAGGCAGAAGAUUGCCGGAUGUGUGGCGCGUGGUGGGAUCGCAGAUCGCGAUGCCCCCAAUUGCCAAAAUAGCACCAAGUGCUGGGCCAGUGUCGUCACUGAAGAAACGACCACGGAUGACAGUACCAUGUCUGUGGAAGUUGGUGGCAGCAUUCGUGCCAGUGAUGCCAUGGGUGCUUUCCUGGUUCCGGGCAACCAUGUUGGCACGCAAGUGUCAGUUGCUGACCCACUGGCUCUGGUGCGCCAGCAGAUGGCAGCUUCGACUGCUGCUCCUGCAACGCCUGCGAGUGAUCAAGCAGCGCCUGUGGGCAAUGGCAACAUGCGCCCCAAGGCAAAGGCCAAAGCGAAGUCCGUUCCGCAGCCUAAGGGGCCACCCUUGUCAGACAUUGCUCUUGCUGGCAAAACAGUGACGGAAAAGGAGGCGAAGAAGGAACUCUCGCAGCUGGGAUCACUGAAGUUGGACAUGCCAGAUGGCAAUGCCCGCUUUAAGGAUGGCCUGAGCAGGAUUGAGAAGAAUGUCCAGCGCCUCACGAUCUUCUUUUCGAGGCUGCAGGGGAUUGAAGAUGAGGCCGCGUUCAGCAACAUUCGUGUGAAGUUGGGUGAGGUGGCAGAGUCGCGCAUGACACGUGCAGAGCUUGGAGCCGUGCUGAAGGAGUUCAAAAAGCCACCUUGCCUUGUCAAAUGCCUCGUACAAAUGGGGCAUCGUGCGAUUUUGGGCACGGCCACGAAUGAGUACUGGGAAAUCCUGUCCCGCGAGUUCAGUGUCCAUCGGCCUGAUGAUGUGUCAGACUGCAUACCUGUCAGCUUAUUCGGUGAUGAGGUGGAGGUCUUUGAUGGAAACCAAUACAUGUGCAUCAAUUGGUCUUCGGAAGUUUCGAUCCACCACACCAAUGCCAAACUGUCGAAGUUUUUAUGCGUCAUGAUUCCCACCUCAGCAUACUUCUUCAAUGGCAAGGAGAAUGUCACGCUCCAGCAGUGUUUAUCAAUUUUGGUUCGAUCGCUCAAUACUCUGUACACUUGUGGUGUUGCCGGGGUCAAAUUGGCAGUGGCCUCUGUGAAAGGAGAUUGGAAAUUCAUGUGCCAGGCACUGACUGCGAAGAAUGGCCCAAGUUCGAACCAUAUAUGCUUCAAAUGUGGUGCCACGAAAGAUUUGACAGCCCCCAUGACUGAUCUCUCCCCUGAUGCUCUCUGGCGAGCGUCACAGUUGGAAGAGGAAGAUAUCUGGCACAGCGUGCCAGCUCUAAAAGAACUUGAAUGCUUCAGCACCAAAUUGAUGUGCCCGGAUAUCCUGCACACGUACCAUCUAGGCAUAGGUCGAGAUAUUGUUGCCCGAAUGCAGACGGCAACAGCAGAGGUCAAGGCAUGGUGCAGGGCCAAUUCCACACUUCAGCUUCCUCGGCGCGAAGCUCUCCUUGAAAAGCGGCAAGUAUGUGCACUACAUUGGCAAAGGAUUUCAUGUAUCCAUACUCCUUGGAUUUCUCCAAGCUUUUCUUGCAAACAAGGUUGUGGACUCAGAUUUGAAAAUGCUUGUUUGGAGUGGAGACACACUCAUGUCCUUUCUUCAUGA